CCAAGAUCCACGGAUAAUAACAACAUUGGGUGUUCUGAUGGGAUUCGAUUUGGAGGCUAAGAUGGGAGAUAUGGAAACCUCAGAUGAUGCUGAAAAUGACCCUCAGCCUCAAAGUCCUCCUCAAAUGGAAACCAAUGAUAGCGAAUCGAGUAACAAAACACAAACCUCAGAACAAAAUAGUGCUGUCACUCAGGCUCUUGCUGAGAAGGAGGCUGGCAAUGCUGCCUACAAGAGCAAGAAAUUUGAGGAGGCACUGCAACACUAUGGUGCAGCCAUUGAACUAGACCCAAGCAAUAUGUCAUUAAGGACCAAUACAGCAGCCGUGUAUUUUGAACAAAAGGACUAUGACAGAUGUAUAGGAGUGUGUGAAGAGGCAGUUGAACUUGGACGUGAAAACCGAGCGGAAUACACAAUGAUAGCAAAAGCCUUAGCACGUAUGGGGAAAGCUUACCUGAAGAAGGAGGAUGAUGCAAAUGCUUUGAGGUACUUCCAGAAAGCUCUAGCAGAACACAGAACACCUGAUGUAGCCAAGAGUAUACAGGAGAUCGAGAAGCGCAUGAAAGAAAAAGAAAGACUGUCAUUUAUUGACCCUGAGAAAUCCUUGGAAGCAAAAGCAUUAGGCAAUCAAUUCUUUCAGCGAGGUGACUAUCCGACAGCAAAAAAACACUAUGAUGAGGCAAUAAAGCGGAAUCCAGAGGAUGCCAAGUUAUACAGUAACCGAGCCGCCUGUUACACAAAGCUAAUGGAGUUCAGCUUAGCCGUAAAAGAUGCUGACAUGUGUAUAAAACUUGACCCUACAUUUGUGAAAGGCUACCUACGAAAGGGCGGUGUCUUGCAGGCAAUGAAAGAAUACAGCAAAGCUGCUUCAGCUUACCAGAAGGCACUUGAGGUGGAUCCAAAAUGUGAGGAAGCUUCACGGGGGUACCGGGAGGCACUGAUGGCAGAGGGUGGGGAUCCGGAGGCUGUCCGGAAGCGAGCCAUGGCUGACCCUGAGGUACAGCAGAUUCUUCAAGACCCAGCAAUGCAGCUUAUACUGCAGCAGAUGCAGAAAGAGCCAGAGGCUGUUAGAGAACAUUUGAAAAAUCCUGAAGUAGCCAAGAAGAUUGAAAAACUGUUGGAAAGUGGUAUCAUUGCUAUUCGUUGAUAACGGGCUGGGAUUACAUAUUGCAGAGUGAUGAGGCAUUAUGGACAUGUAAAUGCACAAUGGACUACAACUUCAUCAUGUUACUUUUAAUAUUGAACAACAAAUGUCUGGAUGAUGUGAAAUUCUUACAAUGGUGGUCUGUCAUAGAUGAUUUUGUGUUCCGGACGUUACAACACAUUGGGGAAACCAAUGUUAUCCAUGUUCUAGGGUAGGGGAGAUGGAUGAUAUCCCUGUACUAGGGU